AUGGCAUUCACACAACUACCAAUAGAGUUGUUAGAACAAAUCAUUACAUACACAUUGCCGGAGGGAUUUGAGAGUCUAGCCUUAGCAUGCAAAUAUCUCUACACAGUUUGCAUCCCAUUUCUCGAGCACCACAACAAUCUACGCUGGCAUUUCCGGGACUUCAGAUACUGCAAGACAAAGUGGUCCUUUAGAGUUAACCAGCAGUUGCUUAGGUUUCCUGAUACAGCGACCUCGGCAUAUAAUCUGAUUUCCCGGAUUGCUAUUGAGCCAAUUGUGGGUCGCUAUAUUCUUGAAGCAGACUUUACGGGCGAUAGUCGUCUCUAUUCUCGAUUUGCCUCGACCAACCGAGAGGAGACCACAUAUGAAGAUCGUGAUAAAGCUGUACGUCAACUCUUCGCAGAUUCAUCCUACUUAAGAAAGGCUGGAAUCGACUGGAAGGAAUACUAUAGUGCUAUGAUGGAGGAUAUUAAUAACUGUUGCUACUCACAACAAGCUGCUGCUUUUGUUCUCACACUUCUACCGAAUCUACAAAGAUUCAGGCUACCCGAGUUGUGGAAUCCGACUCCUGCAUCCGAAAAGCUUAUCGCCACAGUCAUCCGCAUUGCUAGGCAACCAACCUAUAACAGAGCUAGCCUUUCCCAGGUCACCAAAUUUGAGGAGACUAGGGGGAGUUAUAACUUAUCCUGGGCAACUUUACUUAUAGCUCUCCCGCGCAUCCAAUCUUUUCAAGGCGGUGGAUGCAUAGGAAAAGCCUACGAUGUUAAAAGCAUUGAAUCUAAAUAUCUGUGCUCUGAAUUUAAUUCCACGGUUGAAACAGUUGGAUUUUGGGAAGCAUCUAUUAAUGCAGUAGCUAUUACGGAUUUUCUCAAACACACCCCAUGUCUCAAAUCAUUAACGUACUGGCAUUCAGAAAAAGACAGCGUGAAAAACCAGGGCUGGGACCUUUGUGAAUUCAUCUCGGCAGUUCAGCGUAAUGUUGGAAGCCAUCUAGAGAGCCUUUCUACUGUCACAACAGAACUACGCUGCUUAAUAUCCCCUGGCAAGCCAUGUUUACGCAGCUUCCAACGUCUGCGACGUCUUGAGUUGCCUCUUGGCAUUGUCAUCUGCGGACUUAAAGCUGCAGAACUAGCAGAUUACAGAUCAUUGGACUUUAAUUCUUUACUUGGUGACCUAGUACCUGCCUCAGUCUCUCAGCUUUCAUUAUUCUCGCCUGGAAAGAGCCCCCAUGAUAAGGCUCUUGACCUCGUAUUCCGUGACUUCGCCACUCAGAAACAACUUCAGACGCCGAACUUAACAGUAAUCCGCUUGACAUGCCCUGAUGAUGCGGAUGAAUUGUACAAAGCACAGUGUACGAACCUGGCAGUGGAGACAGAGAGGGCUGGCGUGGCUCUAGAGAUAACAGAAACCCCAGUUCCAAUCUCGACUAUCGGCAUAGAUGAUGAUAAAUGCUUUCUGGAAUUCUCCUGA